GGAACCAAUGGAAAGAAAAAGAACCAAUUGUGAAUGCUACACGGAGGAUUUUAAGUAACGCACAAGAUGGACGUCAAAUGUAGAAAAAUCCAACAUCGCGCAGGAUAUUUUUUUAAACUACGUUGAUUUUAAUUUGAUUUUAAGUAACAGAAGUUGUAAACCUUGUUGCAUCGUUUGUUUUCCUAUAACUUAACGAUAAGUAACGGUACUGACAAGAGGAGGCGGCUAAUCCCGAGGCUUCUUAUAGCACCAUGGCACUGUCAACAACUGAAAGUUUCCCUGAUGAUAUUAAAACAUCACCUCCUGAAGAAAACUUGGCGUUAAAAGACGACAUGUGUCCUUGUGUACCCGGGCGGACCAAAACCUCCACCGGCAGAGUUUUAACCGCGGAGGAGGCGGACAGACUCGGCGGUGAGCGGGCUCUGGUGUCCGACUUCAAACUGAUGAAGUUGGAGAAAGAGGCGCAGAAAAACUGGGACUUGUUUUACAAAAGAAACACGACCAACUUUUUCAAGGACAGACACUGGACCACCAGAGAAUUUGAAGAGCUCAAGGCUUGCAGAGAGUUUGAGUCCCAGAGGCUGGUGCUGCUGGAGGCCGGCUGCGGUGUAGGAAACUGCAUCUUCCCUCUGCUGGAGGAUGACCUCAACAUUUUUGUUUAUGCCUGUGACUUCUCACCACGAGCUAUUGAAUUUGUCAAACAAAAUCCUCUGUACUGCCCCGAGCGCUGCUGUGCCUUCCAGUGUGACUUAACAAAAGAUGAUAUGAGGGAAAAUGUGCCCGAGGGCAGCGUGGAUGUCGUCACUCUCAUCUUCGUCCUGUCGGCCAUCCACCCUGACAAGAUGAAGCUGGCUUUGCAGAACAUCAGCAGGGUGCUGAAGCCCGGUGGCAUCGUCCUGUUCAGGGACUACGGCCUGCACGACCACGCCAUGCUCCGAUUUAAAGCCGGCAGCAAGCUGGGCGAGAACUUCUACGUCCGCCAAGACGGAACUAGGUCCUACUUCUUCUCUAAAGAGUUCCUUGCCGAGUUGUUUGCGGACACGGGCCUACAACCUGUUUCUAACGACUACGUCCUGAGAGAGACGGUUAACAAAAAGGAAGGGCUCUGUGUUCCCAGAGUGUUCCUGCAGAGCAAGUUCACCAAGCCCAGCCAAUCGCAGAGCUCCUGAUGUCACUUGGUCUAUAUCUAUUACCUCAUAAGUCAUGUGGAACACUGACAUGUCCAGUUGAAAUUGGAUGGCAAAAGAAAAAUAAUAUUCCGUGGGGGAUUCGGUAGCCCUAACGUCACCUGGUUCCCUACAUGCUGCUGUUUUUGAAUCCAUAAGACCAUGAGGGAGAUGCUGGUGGUUAAGAGACAUUAAUACUGCCUAGUCGCACUAAUCAACUGAUGCGUUUUGGCUCCUUCGCCAACAGAUAAAGACAGUGUCGCACUGGGACUCUUACAGGUGGAAAUAUGGGGAACUAUGUGGAACAUUGAAACGCAAAAUGCUACGAGGAGCAUGACUGCUGUGCAAGGACCAAAGCUGGAUAAAUACGGAAUCUCAGUUUAAUUUACAAUUCAUGGCCUUCAACUAACUACUAACUAACUUUGAUCAGCCUUUAGCAUAACCAGGAGAAGUUCUCUGUAAGCCUUCAAAUGUUGUUCUACUCUGAACAAACAGGUAUUUCGAUUGCCUCUAGUAUAAUUUUCUCCACCCCUUGUCCCCCCCGAUGUUAAGUUAAUGGAAUAACUUUGGAUGAGGUGAGUCCUUUUUUAAUUUUGUUUGAUUUAAUUUUAAAACUUUUGAAAAAGGGUUCAACUGCAUUGUGUCAUGCCACACUUUGUCUAAAAUAUGCUCCUAGUGUUACAUCCUGACUAUGGUCCAUUAACAAAAAGAAAAGUCAGCUGUAAACCACAGAGGCAGAUAAUAGUCAUACAUAUAUAUCAAUAUUGUGACUUUUUCUAAAUAAAUGUAUUGAAACUUUAGGUGGUGUCUUGAAAUCAUCCGAUUGUCCGAUUAGGGCCACGUGUAAAUAAUGUAUUUGAGUUCUGAGUUUAAAGUUAGAAUAUUAUUAUUUAUUUAUUUUUACUUGUCACAGCUCUUUGUCAACCAAAUGUUUUUGUCUUUUUAAAUGUUUUAAAAAAAUGAGAAGAGUCAGAAUUCUUACUUUGUUGUCAGAAUUCUGACUUUAAACUCAAUACAUUUUUUUCACAUGUGGACCUAAUCCUCUUCCGUAGAUCCUCCUCUUCCUUGGCAAACUUUAAAAUCAAAUCAAAGAUGUGCACUUUUUUAAAUUGAUAAACAUUUUGGCAUUUGAAUUUAUGUGGUGGUUAACUAUAGAAACCGACAUGGAGCCAGAAACAGUAGGAGGCGUUGCAGUUAUAUAAAGUAGUAUGUGUCUUGCGCCUUAGAUGACUUGGAUGCACCCACAGUGUGCAGUCUUUUACUGAAUGUCAAAAAAAUAAAAUAAAUCACUUCCUCAUAGUCCACAACAAAAAGACAUUCAGAAUCAACCACAAUAUCACAUCACAAGUAGAGGGAGACCUGAUGUUGGUUAUUAGCUAACUAUUCAGCCCAUUAUAUUUCACAGUAAAAUCUUUGUUCAUAAGGGACAAAUAUAUUCAGCAUUCAAUGACAAUAAAACAAUCCCUAUAUGUCUCCUCUUUUCUGGUUUGACAUUAAACGUGUCGUCCAGAGGAGUGCGCUGUUGGCUUCAAGGUGCGGACGCGCUUAGGUCAGCUCGCAUGGCAGUGCAGAGAAUCAUCCUUGUUAUGAUCUAAAAUGUUAUCUGUGACUCCUGUUGGUGAUUCAUAAACUUUGUGUACAGUCUGUGGGCUGAAAGCAGAGCCCUGCUACAGUAUUAGAGACUUAAUACAAAUAAUACAUUUCAUUUUAUUGCUGAUUUUGUAUUUGGAUAAUGUAUUUGGUAAGUCAGUGUGCAUUCAUAUCAUUGUAUCGGUGAUACAGAGCCGAGCAUCUUGCAACAUGAUCUGAAUAUGGCUUCCUGUUGAGGCGCUGAGGUGAAUGAACAAAGGUGUGAAAUAUCUCCGAGAGAUAAACUGCGAGUUGACCGUACCUCUCAGCACGUCUAGAAACGUUUUGUAAUGUUUGACCAAGUGCAUUUCAUGAAAGGUUAUUAAGGAUUACCCUGUUUAACAUUACAAAACAACACAACAUAUACAUUUAAAGCAAACAAUCUUGUUUGACAUUCCUAUAUCAAAAAGGUGAAAGUAAAAUGUUGUUUCUCUUUGCAAUAGAAAUAAAACAAAAAUCUCAAACGUUUAUAAAAUAUAAUGCAACAGCCCUGAACUGAAUUUGUGCUGGGGGCGGGGGACAAAAUAUGAUGGUACACUUUACAAUAUAAUGCAAUUAAACAACAUGUCGAGCUGAUGAGUCAGGGGGUCGCUAAAGUCAUUAGGAUACAUUGUCUUGGCAUUUAUAUUUGAAACAGAUUUUGUGUCAAUCCAUUCUAGAUGUUGAAAUAUGUCACUGACACUUGAGUUAAUAGCAUACAUUUUAUUUAUAUAGCACAGUUCAAAAUAAAGUUGCAAACAAACAAAACAUAAAACAGCAAUAAAAGCAUUAAAUAAACCAAAUCAAAAUGGAAAAAAGGCAGAACCCAUUAGAGCUGCAUGAUUAAUCUGGUCGCAAUGCAAUUGGGAUGUCACUCUCACACAUAACACCCUUACACACCCCAAAUAUGUAACUUAUUACUCUUCAUCGGAAUGUGUGUGUUACUUCAAACAUGGUUUUGAAACGGCACAUUCUCACUGAUGCAGUUUCCUGUCCUGUGGUUUAGUUUUUGUAGCCCUCCACUGGUAUGAUGAAAAACAAAUGUUGAAAUGGAAUCACAUCUGUAAGUUUAUUCUUGAUGGCUAUGCCAGAUACAAUCUCAGGUAUUAAGGCUUUUUAACAGUUGUGUGAAGUUAAUGAUUUGUACGAAGAAUAAAACCUAUGUGAACCAAUCAGAUCUCGAUUAACAAUCAAAAUGAAUGCUGCAACUGAUUGUAAAAAGUAAGAACUGCUAUGCUUUGUGGGGAUUAUCAACAUUGAGUGUGAUUUUAUAAAAUCAGACUGUGACUUAAAAUAAAUCAUAUCGUUUUUAGGCUAACCUUG